AUGGACCAAGAUUCAAGAGUUGCCGAGUCGCGAGAACGUGCCCUCUCCUCUGAGCCUAGCUCGACACGCCCCAACCCCUUUGACGACCUCUCCGCACCGAAGCGUCGCAGAACAUCCCUUUCUGGCUCCCGCAGCACCUCUGUCGAGACCCUGCCGUCUCAGGCUGACGUCGUAGUCGCUUCCGACGCCAACGGCAUGAAGCUAGACACCCCAGAGCCCGUCCUCCCGAGCACCCCGGUGCGGUCGCCACCUCCCACCGAACCCGUGUCGAGCAAGGUCACCAUCAACCUGCGCAACGCAGAGAGCCUCGAGGCCACACCCUCGUCCACGAUGUCUCCCACCCCUGCGCGUCGACGUUCAGAUGAUACCAAAGUCAGUGUUGAGGCAUCCGAAGUAGAUAUGGCACAGCCCGGCCCGGCUGAAGAUACCUCUUCCUCUUCAUCCAACCUGGACAGCCCAGAGGAACCGGCCAUAGCCUUGGACGAUUUUGAGGAUAGCCUUGACUUCUCUGCUGUCGAGCCACAGAACGCUCUGCUUGGCGACAGACGCGCCGCCAACUUCGGCGCCGCCAUGAUGGCGUUCCCUUACCGUCUUCAUGGCGAAUCACAUCAUGAGACGCUCUACCGGCUCACAAACCACUUCCGACAGCAAUCGGCCAACAUCGAGGAAGCCUUGGCCAGCUUACACGCAUGGUUAGAGCGCUAUUUGGCGUGUGCCAGCACUGACCUGUACCCUAUGGUCAUCGAGGUCUUUCAAGAGAACCGUCCAUUCUGGAUAAGCCUGCCAGAACUAUUCCAACUUAUAUGCUCUAGACAAGGAUACAUGAAGAUCAGAGAAUUACGGGAUCUUGUGCUCCAGUUGCUCGCGCUGUACGGGAAGCUAACAGCAUUUCUUCUGAAUAUCGACUUAAUCACCUUGAAGCAAGUUGCGACAACAGAGGGCAGCGAACUGGAUUUGAUGUCUCCGCCGUUUACCCGAGCGUUGUCUAACAUAACCGCCCGUGACGGCGGCUUAUAUGCUAAUGACCAUGGCGGAGACGGCAGCCAGGAUCUCGUGGAUCCGCUCGACGCAUUCCAGUCAAGUCCCUGGGGCUCCUUGUCGGCACUGGUCGGUUUUGCUGAACUCCAGACAAGCAUGCUACACCGGUUUCCCAAGAAAUCGAUGGAUUACCUCGCUGCUACAAGCAUGUUAGCUGGCUCCAUCGUGCAAGAGAGUCACCAUAAGCACUCGGACGUUGCAGGUUCCCAAGCAGAUUUCUCUGCCUAUGUCCUUGAGCGGUCGAGAAAGAACCUAGCUUGGGGACAAAGAUACUUCGACAUAGUCUCAUCCGCCCUGGCCGUGGUAAUCGAGAAGUCGAUCAACCAUCUUGUCCCGGACAACGCCCUGGCCAUCACGAUGCAUUUGACGAACAUAAUCAGGCAAAGCCUACAGGGUAGUCAUAUCGCAGCCAUUGAAACUGUGGAGAAGUAUCGCCAGGCGCAUCCGAAUGUGUCCCCUCUUCUCACACAUGAAGUAGUCUCCCUUGAGUGGCGGUUCGAGGUCCUCUGCAAGCUGAUCAGGUCACGCCAAAUGCAACUCAGAGUCACAGCUGCUCAGCAGAUGAGCGAUGAACUCGUGGCACUUUGGAAAAAAUAUUCGGAUCAGGACCAACAGUACGAAGAUGCCCCUUUACACCAGGAGUAUCUUCGGUACCUAUCGGACUAUGUUGUGCGGCUUGGCAUUGUCGAUUAUGUCUUGGGCCCAACCUGCCACCCAGAAAUCACCCAAGGGAGCAGCAACUUGGUCGGCUUCCUCGCGGUGACUAACACUUAUACCUCAUCACAGACCGAUUUGUUGUGGCAGACCUUCACGUCCACCCAGGAUCCGCGGAUAUCGGAGGCGCUCGCGCGGAUGAUGUCAAGGAUAUUGCAUCUACUACAACCGGACAGCUUGUCGUACUUGGUACACAAGUUCCACGUUGUACCAAUAGAUUCUUUCACACCCGUGAUGCGAGAACUCUUUGACAGUGUCACCGAGAACUUGAUUAACAAGACGCACUACUCACCGCUUCCCCUUUACGAGGUUUGCGUCCGACUACUCCGCGAAUCCUCAGUCUAUGGCGCAGAGUCUUGUGUGGCAUACCCAGACAUACAGCAUUUCGCCUUGGUGAAGUUCAAGAAGCUCCUGCAACCUGGCAUGAGCCAAGCUGCCAGGCUGGCAAUAACCACAAGCUGUCUGCAGGACAUCGCGGCAGGAUCCCCGACCUCCUCGGGAAGUCUACAGGUUCUUGGCAUCCUGGCAGCUGCACCCCCAGCAAUCGCAGCCCUGGUCGACGAGAACCACCUGACCCGGCUACUUGUUAAUGAAUUGGAGUCCACCGUCAAAGCUGCAGAGGUUGUUGGGUUUGCCCCUGUCUACGCAAAUCCCGUUGUCGGCCAGGCCCGGCGGAAGUUCAUUUCCAUCAUUAUCAUGCAUCACGGCUCUACCAUUGACACGGAUCUCGGUCCACGCUUAUGGGAUCUCCUCGUCGGCAAUGGUGCUACAUGCUAUGAUGACAGGAGAGUUGCUUGGGAGGAUUUGAAUCAGGCACUCAAGAAGACAGGCCUCAAGAAUCCAUUCCUCGACGCUUGUCUACGAGAGUAUCUGCCGAGUCUGUCACCGUCAUGGUAUUGCCCCGGUUCGCUAGUAUUCGUUCGAGAAGUACUUCUACCUCUUGCCAAUGAUCCGAAUGGUAUUGUCUUUGAUGAUGCCGAUAGCCUGAAGUCAGCUGGUGUUGAACUUCUCUGGCAGAUGAUACUCUCGGCGCCGGACCAGACCAUUGAGGAGGGUGCAAUCCGGACCCUUGUCAACGACAUAUAUGUUGAUAGCAGCUGCAUCUUGUCGUACCCUCUCCAUCGCGCACGCAAUGUGCACUUUGCCUUUGUUCAACGUUGCUUGCAGCAGCUGAAAUCUGCUGCACAUAAGCUUCAAGCGUUCAGCGACGGAACAACAAGCGGUGAUGACGAACCUAUGGUUAUCGUGGCUACCGACGAGCAACAUCGAGAGCAAGAUUUGCAGUUUACGAGAACUCUGAAGGUCCUCAUUACACUCCUGAGGGCCUUGCAGACAAGGUCUCAUUUUGCCGCUCCCGACUUACGGUCUCUCAUGUUACAGUCCCCGGGUGCUGUCGACGGUGACUCUGCCAGUCUAAAGUAUCAAUCCUUUGAUGGCGAAGAGCACACCGAGGUCAAGCUUUUAGACAUUGGCCUCAACAACAGUGCUGCAUCCCUGCUCGCCAAGCUACGAGAAGCCACCGGAUUUGACAACUACCGUCUAUACUAUCGGGGACAGCCGUUGACGCCUUCCAAUUCUGAUAUUUGCAAGUCUCUCGGAGACCUCAGGAUCAAGAACGGCCUGAUUCUCGUGAAGAAGGAGUUCGAUACUGCAUCUUCACCUGUGCGAAUUAAGCCAGGCGCGUCCUCUCUGGACAUUGAGAUCUUGGGCCACUUCAAGGAUUUAUGGGAGUAUCUAAGCAUGGAAGAGAAGUUGGCACGAGAGAUAUACCAGUUCCUGAUAUCUCUGCCCGCUGAUGACUCGAUACUGGCAGCUUUCGAGAAUCCUGCCACCUCACACCGCGAUGUGUUCCCUUUGGGCCAGCCUUUCAAAUGCUUAUAUGCCAUCCAUGCGCUCCGCGAGUACCUCAGCACCCGAAGGCUGAAGAGUAGCGUGAUGCAGAUCUCUGCGCAAGACUCCCAAGAUCGGCAGAAAACAGCGGGUGAUAAGGAAGACGCUCUCGUAAAGGCGGUUUCCCUGAUUGUGGCUGCGAUAUGUGACCCCGAAGUCACCACACGUUGUCAAAGCGAGGAUCUACGCCUACUACUGAGUUUCCAACUUGUAGACAACUUUGCGCAGCUUUUGAAAGAAACCAUGGAUAUCGACUUGGUCAACGAAUUCCUGAAUGCGGAUCUUCUCGAACGACUCGUGACUAUACUCAACGGCGCUGCUGCAGCCAAGACAAGCUCACUCAGCACUGAUCUGGUGUAUUGUUCUUUUGAGGCGUUACUCGAGUCCUGUGCCAAGAGCCACGAGUUCUGGAUUCUCUUUCGAGACAAACCCAUGACAAAGCACAUGAUCCAAAAGCUCCUACUUGCUGAGGAACGCCCAUUUGUUAGGAAGAAUUUCGCCAAGCUCGUCAGCACCAGAAGUCACUAUAACAACGGGCCAUCGGGUGUGCUUGCACUCGACUUCGCCGAGUUUUUCUGGCCCCUUGUAUUGCAGCUGCUCCCCCAGGCAGUCACCGAGCCAAGGAAAUGUGAGGAAGUGUUCAGCCUAUCCUCUCAGCUGCUGAAAAAGCUUGCCGAAGGGGAAUCUGCUACGCUCGACCUGCCCCCCUACCUUGCGGAUUGGGGGCAACUUCUGCUAUCUCAUACGCCCACGGAAGAUAUUGCCCAUCCGGAUCAGCAUGACAUCGUGGCGCAUGGGCUCAUUACGAUUCUGUUCCAUGGGUUGAUGUACUUGGAUGCCAAGGAGGAACGGGUUCAGCCUGUACCAGGCUUCGCAAUGAAGCUGUUCUCACGCCAUCUUUUCCCGCCCAAUGAUACGGCUGGGCCGCUAAUUCCCCAGGUCAUCCUGCACCCGAGUUCUCGAAAUAUGCUCUACGAGACCAUAUCACUUCUGGUCAAGGACGACAGGAACCAGUCCCUCGCGCUCCUGCAAGGUUUGGACACGUUGACUUCGUUUCACAGGGACAGCCAAGGAGAUGAGCAAUAUAGGUACGACCUUCCACAACUUUUCGAUCGGGCGACUGCCGUGAGAUCGUCUUGCGGUUACUCUGGGAUGCGAAACCUCUCCAACACGUGCUACCUGAACUCGCUAUUCACACAGCUGUUCAUGAAUGGUGACUUCCGUCGCUUCAUUCUGGGUGCCCGAAGUGAGCAUCUCGAGUCGCAUCAGUUGCUACAGGAGACCCAAGCACUCUUCGCAUACCUCCAAGAUAGCCGACGUCGGUUUAUAGACCCCCAGACCUGCGUCGAUCGCAUCACUACCUACGAGGAGUUGCCCAUUGACAUUCACAACCAGAUGGACGUGGACGAAUUCUAUAGUCUCCUCUUCGAUCGAUUCGAAGCGCAGUUGGCAUCUGACUCUGACAAGAAAGCUCUGCGGUCCAUAUAUGGCGGUCAACUCGUUCAGCAGGUGAAGUCGAAGGAAUGCGAGCACAUUUCGGAACGCAUAGAGCCCUUCUCGGCUAUCCAGUGCGACAUCAAGGGCAAGGCAAACCUGGAGGAGAGUCUCCAGGCGUACGUGGAUGGGGAGAUCAUGGAAGGAGACAACAAGUACAAGUGUUCAACCUGCGAGAAGCACGUUGAUGCAGUUAAAAGGGCUUGUCUCAAGGAUAUCCCCGACAAUCUCAUCUUCCACCUCAAGAGAUUCGACUUCAACCUUCGGACCUUGACGCGCAGCAAGAUCAAUGACUACUUCCCCUUCCCAACAAAGAUCAACAUGCAGCCUUAUACCAUUGAACACCUGAGCGAUCCUACCGGACAAAAAGAGCCGGACAUGUUCGAGCUAGUCGGCGUACUUGUGCAUUCUGGAACGGCAGAGUCAGGCCAUUACUACUCAUUCAUCCGAGAACGUCCAACCACCGCCGAUGCCGCAUCCUGGGUCGAGUUCAAUGACGAGGUGGUAACUUCCUGGGACUCGUCACAGAUGGAGAACGCCUGUUUUGGCGGAUCGGACUACCGACCACAGUUUGAUACCACUGGUGUCUAUGAAAAGGUUUACAGUGCGUACAUGCUCUUCUACCAACGAACGUCUUCCCUGAAGAAGGAGAACGACAGUCUCAGAACAUCAGGCACGACCAAUGUCGUCCGAUCCCGUCUCCCCCCUGACUUGGAACUACGAGUGAAGGGGGAUAACUGGGCCACCGUUCAGCGCCAUUGUCUCUACGGCAGGGAACACAUUCCCUUCGUGCACAAUACGCUCAAGGCAACAUGGGGCGCGAGAUGCUCGGACGAUCACAGGAAAGAGAACCUUGCUAUGCAGGUGGCCCUUGGUCAUCUAGACCAAGUGGCAUCGCGCGCCAAGGAACUACCUGACUUCGACUCUCUGAAGAGUCUCAUUGUCAAAGCCUGUCAGCGCUGUCCCCUUUGCUGUUUCGCAUUCUUCACAUACUUGUCGACGCACAAGUUGGCUUGUCGGAUGCUUCUACUGAAAAAUGUAGACUCGGGCGUUCGUCAAGCUUCUAGGCAAAUAUUGCUCUACUCUCUGAGGAGCAUCAAAUACAACUACCCGUAUGACUACGGUAUCGAAGAUGGCGGGGCCGGUCCAAACCCCAACAUACUGGAAUCAGCGGCCGCAAUGUUUGCUUAUGUCUGGGACGGCUUCCACCAGCGCACUGCUGCCUGGCCUGAAUACUUCGGUGUCAUGCUCGAUUUCGCGCAGCUGGGACUACCUGAAGCAGGGGCUCUCCUACAAGCAGACUUCCUCGUCAAGCUUCUCUACGCCAUCAUGGCCGAUCAGGCAUUGGAGCUUCCGCCCCAGUAUGCUAGACUGGCCUUGGUUCUAUCGAGGAGGACGGCUGUGAGGCCACCAAAUUACGACAACAUGAUUGCGUUGCUGGAUACUCUGAUGGAGGUCAUGGACACCGAUCCAGAGGACCAGGUCGAAACUCCGGAUGGCCGCUUGACUAUAGCGCUCGAUGGCGAUGCUAUCCCCUUUACACCACUGGAGAUUAAUAUCUUACACCAGGAAUGGUGGGGCAGACCGCAGGCGGGCUAUGUGGAUGUCUUCGUGGACAAACUAAUCAUGCUCAACCAGAAUGCGGUCGCAACCGAUUCCAUACUCAGCCGGCUCAUCGCUCUCAGCGACCAGAUGGAACAAAAAGUGUUCAACACUCUCCGGGCGGGCAUCACUGGCCAGUUGACGACGCAGAUGGUGACACCGUAUCUACGCGCGGCUGUGGCUUAUUGUCAACGCAGUCCCAACGCGCUAAACGUUUGUCACCUUAUCCGCCACGUCAACGAUCAGUGCAGGUCUAUUAUCCACAACGCAGAGGGUCGAUCAUUCUUCGAGUUCCUGAGGGACACAUACGAGGGAACGCGCAACACGGGCGAGAGCCACGAGGAAGUCCAGCUCCAGAGCCUGAGAAACCUGCCGGUAUGGGUCCCUGGACUCCUCAGUAACGAUCUGCAAGUGAGCCUUGAUGUGCAGAAUUUCCUGCAGGAGAAAUUGUUCAAGUAUGGUGCCAAUCCGGUGUUUGCCGAGGCCAAUGGCGGAGCCGCGCGGGCACAGGCAAUGAGGGAUACUGGCAAGCACGUGGCAAUCAGCUGUCUAAUGUACCUGCGCGACACUUAUAUUGCUCGUAGAGCGCAGGCGAUCAGGGCGGCGAUACAGCCGGUGCAACGGGUCAUCAGGCUGUGUCACGCAUACUUUGGAAACGACGAAGAGAUGGACGGGGACCUAGGGGCUCAGUACGACAACCUCCGUCACAGUGUAAUGGAGUCGUUGGCAGAACUCACAGUUGACGAGAUCGAAGAAGACGGCUCCGAAUGGGAGCAGUCAGUGGGCUCGUCAGACCAAAUGGAAAACUUUGAGCUGCUGGAAGGUCACUCGUAG